AUGUACUACUGGCGAGAAAUUAUUUACGAGGACUUACCUUUUAAAGACAAUCAUUAUAUCGGACCGUAUCCAUACCAUAUUCCCUCAAAUAAUGAAGUUAUCGGAUUAGGAUAUCAUGCCAAGAGUGGAUUAAUGUUAACAAGUGUAGGUCGUCUUCGACCUGGAGUUCCUUCCACUCUCAAUGCUUUCUGCGUGGCUCAUUACGAAAAAGGAAAUAGUCCUCAUCUAUGGGGCUUUCCUAACUACGAAAAAAACACUCUGAACGCAUCAUUUUAUGGAGAAUUCUCAAUUGAUAUUCGAAAGCUACCGACUGAAGAUCGAAAGUAUUCAGCUGGAUACUACAACCAUUUCUUCGUCGGUCUGAAUCAAGCGGACUCAAAAGGGAAAACCUAUAAAGAUAUUCGCAAAUUGGAAGAAUUUUCCAUCAUCAAUACAUAUCGUCCUAUUGUCGAUAAUCAUUGCAAUCGUUUGUUCAUCAUUGAUACUGGAGUACUUCGUUAUGGACCAUCCCUGAUCUAUGAUGUUCAGGACCCAGCAAUAGUGGUCUUUGAUUUACCCUCAAAUGGUUGCGAUCAAAGAAGAUUCCCACUAAUUCGACGCGUGGAAAUACCUAAAUAUCUCUGGAAUGAUCCAGCCGGUUUUUCUUUCAUCACACUUGAUUAUUCAAAGACAGGUUCCUGCGAAGAUCUUCUUCUCUACAUUCCAAAUUUAUUUGAUCACAGUCUUACUGUGUAUGAUUACAAACGUGGUAGUUUCUGGUCCUUUAAGGAUCCGUCGAUGAGACCUAUUCUCGCAGAAUCAAGUCUGAUUUUCCACCCAAACAUACAAUACGAAGUACAAUUAGGAAUAACAGAUGUUGUUCUAGGAUGGCCGGAUAAGGUAGGUAAUAGAAAUGCUUACUACAGUCCUGGAUCUAGUACGUCGGAGUACGUAGUUUCUACGAAACUUCUAAAGAAUCCCAGGCGAGCAUACAGGAAUAAUUCGGAAGAAUUCAAUCUCAUUGGCUUUCGUGGAUGUGAUACUCAGAACUUUCAUCAAACUAUCGAUCCAUCUACGGGAGUAAUCUUCUUUGGACAGAUGCAAUCAAAGAAGAUACUCUGCUGGAAUACCCAACGACACUUCAAUCCUGAUACAAUCGGUGUAAUUUAUGAAUCGGAUGCUCUACAAUUUGUGUCGGAGAUUAAUAUGGAUGCAGAGGGAUACCUCUGGUUCCAUUCCAGUCACCUACCGCUCAUCUAUCUCACUGAUGAUAAGCAACUAAAUAUAAAUGACAUCAACUCUAGAACGUUUCGUGUAAAGGCAUCAGAAGCCAUUGAAGGAACUGUUUGCGAUGUUUCUGAUGAUUUCAAGUCCAUUCAUUGA